AUGCCCCCGAGGCCACCUGAUUAUCUUCAACUCAUGAAAAACUGGGCCCCGGACACCUGGGCUAGAUCAGCAUCACACACAGCGAUGGAAGAAGUGCUGAGAAGCCAGGCGGGAUGGUCUGAGGCCCGGAUAUCGGCACUGCGCGGUCGGCGGAUGUCGACGAAGGCGUAUAAGAUGAAGCUUGGGGCGGCGAUUGCGAGGGAGAGAAGGAGGUGGGAGAGGAUGGGGCGUCAACCUGCACCCGCUCAACCUGCACCAGCUCAACCUGUGGCGGCUCAACCUCCGGCGGUUCCAGCUGCGGCAGCCCAAGGCGAUGAAGACGAGGAGAAGGAUGAGCCGAUGGAUGAUGAGCAAGACAGCGACCUGCAAUCAAACAACGCGGAAGUGGAGGAUGACAGUUCUGAAGCAACUGGAGCAAAGCAAGAUGGAGGCGGCGAGCUCGGAAACGACGAACCCACUAUUGCGGGGAGCAAAGCUGGAACUGCCGGGCUUGACCAGACGAAUACGCAGGUCAACGACAUGCCCACCAGCGGCAACCAGGCUGGCACCAGUGGAGCAAAGACGGCAGGGAAGCGGGUGGAACUCAGCAGCGAAGAAUAUCUGCGCAUCGGCAUCGCGCACACGAGCGGGCGCUCCAUGCGUCCCGCGAUCAACCGACCAGGAAGUGAGCCUCCAACUAUCAGCCAGGCCAGGAAAUCCCUCAAAGAACUCAAAUACAUUGCGAAGCUCAAACGACAGAGACGACGAGCCAAUCUCUCGACAACCUCGUCAAGGCCGAAUGGCAGCCUUGUAGACGACUGGUCCGACUCGAAUCUUGAAGUAUGGCCAGCGGAAGAGGAUCGCGUCUUGGACGACUCAGGAGAGCCUAUGUUUGGCGAAGAGGCUCAGAGAGCUGUUGCACGGAUCUUAUGGUCGAGAGAGGCAGUCAGGAACUGGGGCAGGGAAGUGACGGGCGCUGCAUGGAACCACUACGACAAGAAAAGGAGGGUUCUGGAGGAAGGUGUGAAGGGAGCAAUUGAGGGUGAGGUGGAAGAUGCGGAUGGAGAGGCGAAACGGUUGGUUGAGAAGUAUUUCGGGCUGGAGAAGUUAGGUUGGGGAGGUUAG